AUGGCUGAAAACGUGAAGGUGGCGGUGCGGAUUCGGCCGCCGCACACGUACGCGUCGCUCUCGGGUCUGUUCUACGCGGAGAGGCAGGAAGGCGGAUCUUCGCGCCUGUCGCUGCCGGGGCCUGUGACUGUUGAGGAGGCAAACGACGGGAGCGCGGCGGUCGUCCGCGUGCAAAACAAACUCGGCAACCAGUCCAAGUUCGUCUUCGAUCUCCUCUUUGAGUCGUCGCAGAAUGGCAGAAGGUCUCCCGCGACGGAGCCGCCCUCCGGGGACGUCUGUCGCUUUUCCGGCCUCGAAUACAACACCCAGGCCGCCGUCUUUGAGCGAACGGCGAAGCCGCUUUGCGACUCGCUCCUCGAAGGGUUCAACGCGUCCAUUCUCGCGUACGGACAGACAGGCAGCGGGAAAACGUAUACGAUCGUUGGGCCGCAGGAUGGAGCAUCGGAGAAGAGCGAAGAGCGCGGCGUCCUGCCGAGAGCUCUUCAGUAUCUUUUUUCGAAGCUGCCUCCGCACAAACACGGCCACCACGUCUCCGCUUCGUCGAAGACUGCGCCCGCGGCGCCGUCUUCCUCGAUUGUGUCCUGGUCGAUGGAGGUGCAGUUUGUGGAGAUUUACCAGGAGCAGAUCUACGACCUUCUCUCGCUGUCGCCGGCGUCGGCGUUCCAGAUGCCAGUCUCUCCCUCCGCGAAAGAUGCCGCGAGCGACGCGUGCCCAAUGCCCUCGCCUGGCGGCCGCGGGCCUGCAGACAACGCGCCCGCGGCAGACCUCUACGCGGGCGGCGGCUCCGGCGCCCUCCGCGUGCGCUACGACCCCUCCAGGCAGGCGGCGUACGUGGCUGGUGCCCGGCGCAUCGCGGUCGGGGAUGAAGAGAAGGCGAUGCAGGUCUUUUCGCAGGGCGUGAAGAACCGCAGAACUGCAGAGACGAAGCUGAAUUUGUCCAGCUCCCGGUCUCACGCCGUCUUCUCGAUCUUCCUCCACCUCGAGAAGAAGGAGGAGCCCAGUCCCGCCGCCGCAGGCGCCGCCGCCGCGGCCCAAGACGGGCGGCGGAAGGCCAUGAGAAGAAAAGUCUCUGCGCAACUCCACAUCGUCGAUCUCGCUGGCAGCGAACGGCAGAAAGACACGCAGGCCUCGGGCGACCGGCUCCGGGAGGCGGGGAAGAUCAACUACUCGCUAUCGGUGCUGUCCCACGUGAUUCGCGAGCUCGUCGAGCACGGCAGCGAGGAGCCGCCGACGCCCAACGGCGCGCGGUCGCGCCCGGGGGCCUCGCACAUUCCAUACCGCGACAGCAAACUCACUUUCCUGCUGAUGGACGCCCUCGGCGGAAGCAGCAAAGCUGCGCUGAUUGCGACCCUGUCGCCCUCCCUCGCGCAUCUCGGCGAGACGGUGAGUACGCUGCACUUCGCCGCGAUGAGCAAGCGGAUCAAGAACAAGGCCACGGCGCACGAAGUGAAGAUCUGGGAUAAAGCUUCCAUCGAGGAGAUGCUUCGCGAGCGGAAGCGUCAGGCGGAGGAAGUGCAACGCCUGCGCGCGCUGCUGCUGGACGCGAAGGGCGUCUCGCGCCCUCCGUCGCAGGCGCUGGACGCGCUCUCGCCGUCGGCCUUUCUGGCUCUUCUCGAGAAGGACGGCGGGGAGCUGGAGGAGACCGGCGCAGGGCGCGGCUUCGAAGCCAGAGAAGAAAAAGAGAACGCGCCGCAGCCCACUGAGCUCGAGCAGCGCGUCGCCGUACUGGAGGCGGCCCUCGUCCAGGCCUCCGAACUCCACAGACGCGAUCAAGUCGAUGCGCAGAAGCACGUUGACUCGCUUCAGAAGCGGGUGGAGUACUACGACGACUUCGUUCGGAGCCUCCAGCGGCAGCGCUCGCGCGACGUGCUUUCGCAGGUGUCUCUGUCUGUCUCGUGCCCGGAUUCCGAGGAGGGUUCCCAGUUGUUUUCUGUGGGCUUCGAGGAAGUCGAGCGGCUGCGCGUGGAGCUGCGCCAGCGCGAGUUGGAGGCUGAGCGGCUGCGCGCGUGCGUGCUCGACCUGCAAGAGAAGGAGCGGCCUCUGGUCGCGUUGCUGAUUCUUCUUCAGAAGCACCUCAAGUACCGCGAGGGCCUGGACCGGCUCGCGCUGCUGCCUGAGGAGGAGGACGAGCUGCUCAACGGGCGCUCAGGGGACGAGGACGCGUUCUACUGUCGCCAGCAGCUGCUCGUCGAGCUCCUCGAGAGCACCGUCAACGCCAGGUCCGCCGGGCGGGGCUUGCGAUACUCUCCCCCCGGCUCGCCCAAGGGCGGCGCGGGCGUUCAGGCCUCCGGCGUGCUCCCCGCGAGGUGGCAGACAGACAGCGAAGAGCCCACGACGGCGGCGACCUGCGCGGCGCUCGAAGCCGGGAGCGAGAGGGGAGAGCGACCUCGCCCCGAGCAGGCGAAGGACGCGAAGCAGGAGAAGAGCGGCGACGAGGCGCAGCGAGAAACCGAGAAGGGCGCAGAGGACUCUCCUGAGUCCACUUCCGUGACCUCGGAAGCGCCGCCGGCUGCCUGUCCGCCGACCCGCGCGCGCGACGCUGCGGACGAGGCCUCGUGGGAGGCGACAGUCACGCACUUUGCGCGAGCGGCGAACGAUCUCAUUCAGCACGUUCAGACGAAGAGGAAAGCAGCCUCGGCGACAUCGCACGCCGAGGUCUUCGCCUCCCUCGCCGCACACCAGGACGCGGGUUCCGGAGACACCUGGCCCGUGCGCGCGGGCACCAGCCUGCAGGAGAGAAUUGGCAGAAUCGCGGAAAUGACGGCGCAGCUGCGCGCGCUUGCCUCGGUUUUCGACCUUCUUCUGGAUGAUCACGGUUCUCAUGGGGAAGCCCCCGCGCCUCUCUCUCGCCCUGUGGACGCGGUGCAUUCAUCGUCGCUUUCGGUUCACGGUGAAGAAGCUUCUGCGGGCUCUUUUUCCUCCGUCCCCUCGCCAGCGGAUUUCGCUUUGGAGCCAGAGGCGUCGCUGUCGUCUCCCGAGCCCGACAAGGGCGCGGUGGGGCUGGAGAGCCAACAGCUGCGCGAGCUGUAUGAGGACGAAAAACGCGCGAGUGAAGCUCUGCGGCAGCAAGUGCGCUGGCUGCAGCGGACUUGCCGGGGACUGGAUACCUCCUCUGAAAAGGAGCAGGUUUUCUCGUCUCGCCGCGAAGGCGAAGCGAGCGACUCGCCGACUCCCGAGGAGAGCCUCGCGGGCGUCCUGCAGGAAUACAAAGACCGCGUCACGGAGCUCGAGGCGCAGGUCACGCUGCUCUCGCAAAAACUGGGAGAAAAACGGGUCGCCGACAAAGCCGGCCGCCUCACUCAGUCCCCAGACCAAACGCACGCGAGGCUCAAGCCGCGACAUUCGACGCCCGACGGCGGAGACAGUCGCGUCGACCCCCUUGCGUCUCCGUCUCGCCCUUCGCUGGACUUAAGCCUACCGCUAUCGUCGCCGCUUCCGUCGCCUUCGUUUCCUUUCGUUCUUCCGCUUUCGGCGGUUUUUGACGGCUGUGUGACGGCGCGCGGGCGCUUUGCAAUGGUGGUAUCGCUGGUCGCGAGAGCGAGCGAAGCCAAGUCGGGCGCCUCGGCCUCCACUGCAGUUCUGAGCCUUCUACAGGAGGUCGCGGGCGAACCGGUCUCGCGUGGCGAGGGCGCCGGUGCGGCUCUCGGCGGCGAGGCAGACCCGGGCUCGUGCAUGCGUCUCUCGUCAGAAGACGCGUGCGCCGUCAUCCACGAGCUGCCCCUCGCGCAGGUCAAGAAGGUGAGUCGCGUGCUUGAGUAUGGCAAGAAGAAGAACGGCUACGAGGACGCCGAGCGGGUCGGGCGGCGCGAGGCCGAGGAGAAGACCAGAGGCGGCGAGCAGGAGCUGUCCGUCUCCUCGUACGUGUAUCGAAUCUACUUCAAGCAUCCGAUCUCCGUCUGGGAGCACGCGGAGAGGCAGGGGGCGAAAACCAAAUGGGUGACUGUCGCAGUCAACGAGCAAGCGCUGCAGAGACACGGCGUGACGUCGCCAGAGGCCUGUGACAGACUGCUGCUCUCGGUUCUGAAGGGCAGCACAGCCGCGCCGCAGAAGGGUUCGGCGCCGCCCGCGUGA